UGCGCUUGUUAAAUCACCUGUUUAGCGAAGUAGGCUAUGAUUCAAUGAUAAAUUAACAGGCACCGCAUCGAUUAUAUGCAACGCAGGACAAGCUAGAUAAACUAUUAAUAUCAUCAACCAUGUGUCGUUAACUAGGGAUUAUGUUAAGAUUUAUAGUUUUUUUAUAAGAUACUUUUCAUGCUAGCUAGCACCUUACCUUGGCUCCUUGCUGCACUCGCAUAACAGGUAGUCAGCCUGCCACAAAGUCUCCUCGUGGAGUGCAAUGUAAUCGGCCAUGAUCGGUGUGCAAAAAUGCCGAUUACCAAUUGUUAUGAAAACUUGAAAUCGGCCCUAAUGAAUCGGCCAUUCCAAUUAAUCGGUCGACCUCUAGUUUGGAUAGUUACCACAUUGAACACUACCCUCUGUGUGUAGUGGUUGUGUUUUCAGUUCAGCUGGCUUGAUGCUUGGUCCAGAGUGGACUGAUAAUCCAUAACUUAUAACAGGUGAAGAUUUUAAAAAUCAUUGGUGCAGUACAGUAAUUUAUUUGAAUUGUAUUUAUUAUUUAUUUAACCAGGUGAGUUGACUGAGAAUACAUUGUGAUUUACAGCAACGUCCUGGGGUAAAUUACAAUACAUAGAACUAGUUAAAAGCCAUAGUUAACACGCAGAAAUAUAAGCAAGCAAAGAAAGAAAUUCAAUAAAGAUCGAUCUCAUAAGAAUUCCAAUUUCCUUUUGCUUCUCAACAAUAUUGAUGUACUAUAAGACUGAUAGGCUACAAGAAAAUGAUAGAGAUGUGAUGGAAUUAAUAUAUAUUUAGUGUCUGUCCUCAUACAAUAAAGUAGGCUAAUGUAAUUGAAUAAUAAUAAUUGAUUGGAUUUAUAUAGUGCUUUUCUACCAACUGAGGUACUCAAAGUGCUUUACAUAGUAAGGGAGAAACUCACCUCAUCCACCUCCAAGGUGAUGCACAGUGACCCUUUUUGUGCCAGAACGCUUACCAAACAGCAGCUAGAAAGGUGAGGAGUGAUAUAUGCCAUUUGGGGAGAUGAUUAGGUGGCCACGAGGGUAUGAGGGCCAGAUUAGGAUUUUAGCCAGGACACCGGGGUGAACACGCCUACUCUUACGAUAAGUGCCAUGGGAUUUUUAAUGACCCCAGAGAGUCUGAACACCCGUUUAACAUCCCAUCCCGAAAGACAGCACCAUUCGUAGGGCAAUAUCCCCUCUACUGCCCUGGGGAUCUCCUUAGACCAGAGGGGGGUGCACUCUACUGGCUUUACAUCACCACUGCCAGCAGCACCUGGUCUCCCAUCCUGGAACCAUCCCUGCUUAGCUUCAGAGGCAAACCAGCAAUGGGAUGCUGCUGGUAUCAAGCUGAAGGCAUGAAUCAAAUGGUUGUUUACUGAAACUCCCCAAGUCUUUCCAAUCAAUGUAAUACAUGUUAAACAAUAGCCUGCCUUUCUGUGGUCAACUAGAUGAUAAUUGUAAACACUGUUGUGAUUUGAGACAAGCUUGGGGACUCGUCUUUAAAAAUCGUAAAUCCUAUGUGAAAUCCGUAUUACAUACCUGAACAAUUGCUGUUCUUGAGUGGUAAAAAUACCGUAAAUCCUAUGUGAAUGCAGUUCUACACAUCUAAACCAUUGUUGUCAUUGUGGAGCACUCCUCUACAGUAGGUGGCGGUGUUGUACUUUCAAUUGAAUUGCACGGUCCAGUUUAUGAUUACAUUACUGUGAAGAUGACGAAAAAAACAAUCUCAACAGCUACUUACAAACAAAGCAAGCUAGCGAUGUUUAGUUUGUGAUAUGCUUGUAUAAAUUUUACUAGCUAGAUAAAUAAUUGUGAAUUAUCAUAAUAUAGAAAAACAAAAAUACUGUUACAUUGAAAAGGGGCCAAAAGCGUCGGGGCACAAUGUCGGGUUCCGUUGCCGAUUUCCAGGCGCAGAUAGCCUCGAUCAUGGAGGUGCUAGCCAACGCGGCUGUAGCCGAAAUCUGCAAAGUUGUUGACGAUGGCUAUGCGGUUGUACAUCUGGAGAUGACUCAAAGCCACAAGGAGAACGAAUUUCUUCGGAGGAAAAUGAAAUUGAUGGAACUUCAGGUCGCCAGGUUUCGAGCAGAGAGAACAAAGUCUUCAGAGGGGUCCGUCCACAAUCGCUUUCAUGGAAUACGCCUCCUAAACAGACACAACCAUCGAGAAACUGCAACGACAGGACCUACUUGGCAAAGCAGAGCCAGACUUUCCAACAGAAGUUUUGGGAACAGCAGCAUUCAAAGAGACAGACAGCCCAUAGACGUGGACCAAGACGAUGUCUCUCCAUCAAAGCAUAUGGAUGCUACAAAUGAUGAGCAGUCAACAGAGACAGAGGAAGGGGAACCAGACCUGCUGAUCAUCAAGGUGGAGGGAGAAGCAGAUGACCAGGACUCUAGGAUCAGCCAUCCAGCUAGAACAGUGGAGGGCAGCAGAGAACUAACCACCCAACCGGCUGCAGCCACCACAGAGGACCCCGCCUUCCAGUCCAGUGGCCCCAGAGGCAACAACAACUACAUCAACACCGCUAUGGAGCAGUCAGCAGAGACAGAGGAAGGGGAACCAGACCUGCUGAUCAUCAAGGAUGAGGGGGAAGCAGAUGACCAGGACUCUAGGAUCAGCCACCCAGACAGAACAGUGGAGGGCAGCAGAGAGCCAACCACCCAACCGGCAGCAGACCCUGCCUUCCAGCCCAGAGGCAACAACAUCAACACAGCUAUGGAGCAGACAGAGGAAGGGGAACCAGACCUGCUGAUCAUCAAGGUGGAGGGAGAAGCAGAUGACCAGGACUCUAGGAUCAGCCACCCAGCUAGAACAGUGGAGGGCAGCAGAGAACUAAUCACCCAACCGGCAGCAGCCACCACAGAGGAGUCCGCCUUCCAGCUCAGUGGCCCCAGAGGCAACAACAACUACAACACCGCUAUGGAGGUCAGUGGAUCUGACGUCGUCCUUGGCUUUUCCCCCAAGUCAUACCAUUCCUCAUCAGAACAUGUGAUAGUGAUUGACUCUGUAUCCAGUGGGCAGCAGGUAGAUAGAGAUUUUGAGUGGGGUCAGGUGGGUACAUCUACUACACCACAGGUCAAUGGGUCUGGAAAUAAGCAGGGAGUGGGAGUGUUUAACAGAAACGCACCAUCGAUUCACCCUGUACACCACAAAUCAAUGAGAGACAACACUAUGCAGUUGGUUUCACCCGGAUUCCGUCCCACAGAGAUAAAUACAAGCACCCGUCUUGACGCAGGAAAUACAGGUGAGGCCAAUAAAGCUAGUUUGCGCUCAUUGGCAAGCCUCCAUAGACACUCUGAAAUACCAGGAAGAGGAGCUCAACAACCAGCUCAUACCUCACUUCCUGUCGGCCAUUUUAGACCAAGCGCCACAACUUCCUCUCACUCAAGUAAUCUUGCUAAUCACAUUAGACCUGGCACCAUAGAACGACCGUACGGUUGCCCGAGCUGCCAUAAGAAGUUUGUUCACGAGAGUGACUUGCGGCAGCACGUCGUCAUCCACACCAGAAAGCGGGUGUUCGCCUGCACCUUGUGUGAGAAGAGCUUUGUGUCCCCCAGCAAGCUCCAAGUGCACCAGAACGUCCACACUGGGGAGAAGCCCUUCAGUUGUGCACAGUGCGGGCGCAGGUUCUCCCAAUCCAGCAAUCUGAAUAGACAUCAGAAGCUUCAUCAUUGAAAACUGACACAGAAGCAAGAGAUUCCUAUUGUUGGGUUCUGAGAAUAUGAAAUAUACUUAUUCAUGUCACAGAGGGGGAGAGGGUAAUGUAUAACAGUUACAUUAUGUCAGGAUAUGUCACAGAGGGGGAGAGGGUAAUGUAUAACGUUUACAUUA